AGUUUGAGGGCCGUUUUGGGCUGUUUUACCAUGUACCUCGAAAGAGGUACUAAUUUUUGGAUUCACAUGGAACAUAUACUCACAGAGAGGGAGAGAGAGAAAAGGAGAGCGAGGCCAUGGAAGCUCCGAAGUUGCUGCUGCUGAUUCUAUGCGCCUUCUUUGUAGGCAAAUCCCUCGGAGAUGGCGUCACUCCUCAAGAAGCCAAAGAGCUCAGAGACGAGGUGCGUGAGAUGUUCUACCAUGCAUUUAACGGAUAUAUGGAUCAUGCUUUUCCACGUGAUGAGUUAAGGCCUUUAUCUUGUGGAGGAGAAGACACACUUGGUGGCUAUGCCUUAACAUUGAUUGACUCAUUGGACACCUUGGCUUUGCUUGGUGACAGAGAGCGGUUUACUUCUUCUGUUGAAUGGAUUGGUAAAAAUCUUCGGUUUGAUAUUAACAAGACAGUAUCUAUAUUUGAGACUACAAUACGUGUCCUUGGAGGUUUAAUUUCUGCCCAUCUCAUUGCAAGCGACUAUAACACGGGCAUGAGGAUUCCCACUUAUGAUAAUGAAUUGCUUCACUUGGCUGAGGACUUGGCACGGAGAAUGUUGCCGGCAUUUGAUACUCCUACAGGAAUUCCAUUUGGAUCAGUAAAUCUGUUGCAUGGAGUCGACGAAAAUGAAAGCAAGAUAACAUCAACUGCUGGUGGAGGGACACUGACGUUAGAAUUUGGGAUACUCAGCCGCUUAACUAAUGAUCCCAUUUUUGAGCAAGUUGCAAAGAACGCAGUUCGAGGAUUAUGGGCUCGCCGGUCAAAGAUUAAUUUAGUUGGUGCUCAUAUAGAUGUUUUUUCUGGUGACUGGACACAAAAGGUCACAUUCUUUCAAAUCUAGGACGUGCAUUUUGUCAUU